GGUCUGGAGCUUGGGACGGAGUACGUCGAUUCCCCGACCGCAGGACCGCCAUUACCUGCAAUUCGAGUGCAAUAUCAGAACGAAGAGAUUCGGUGUCGAGGCUUCUCGGCUAUGGAACAGCGUUGGCUGAUUGGUGGCUAAUCUCUCUAGGGAACAGCGCUGCGAGUCCAACUUCCAUCAUCCUUGCGGUCCCUGCAAACCACCAAUUCGCUUUACCAACUACGGAGUACUGUUCUUCUUUCAUUCUUCCCAACGCGCCCUCCCCACGCUCGCUACCCAUACAAGAAGCUCAUUGCCCUCAGCGCCGUCGUCCUCUUCUGUGCCCUCCUUCGAGGUCCCCCGCCCAAACCGGAAACACUAGAUCAUACUCCUCCGUGCCAGAUCAGAUCCAGGGGACUCGCAAUCCGCAAUCUGAAACGGCUCGCAAUCUGUCUUGGUUCCUCGCACCUAGACGAAAGAUUCACACUCUCACUAUUGCUGCUGCUGGUCCUCCUGCCGCAGCGAUGAGGACACCAUUAUCUCUACUCUAAUCAAGCCGCUCACCACUGAGACGUCAUCGGGCACCUCGUUCCUCCUCUCCAAGCCACACCGUCCACGAGUCUGAAUCCGCCGUGCCACAAUGGCCGACCUCUCACUUGGUCCGCUGAGGAUUGCGAAUCCCGAUGAUGCUUCGCCGGAUACACCAUUGCAACCUCAGCCGCCCGCAUCUCAAUUCCCCCGGGUAUCGCCCUUGAUCGACGCCGAUGGGAGGACAGAAUACAUCUCCGCCACCCCUCAGCGCUCUCACAGCCCGGUAUCCCCAAUGGAGUCCGAGACCGGCCCCGAAGACCUCCCAUCCCACGCGGUAGCUUCUUCAUCCCUCUCGUCAAUACCGUCGUCUCUGCCUUCUCAGCCCACCUUCACCCAAAAGAAUGCAUCUGCGGAGCGGCUCGCCCAGCGACAAAAUAUCCCCUAUAGCUAUCAAGAUCAGCAACAAGCACAAUUUCCUCAAUACCCUACCAUGAUGCCCCAAAACCUCCACGACCCCAGGUCGACAGCCUCACGUCCCGGUUCCGCAUAUUACACCCAGUUGCCGGUCAAUGGUUCAGCCGCGAAUGGGGUUUCCCGGCAAGGUUCCUACAGAGUUCGCAGUGAUGGCUCAAGCUCGACAGGGUUUCCGCAACGGACAUCAUCAAAGCGCUCGGGGCUAGGAGAUGUUGCUGGAGUACCGUCAAGAGACGAUAGUCACACCGAGAGAGCAUAUGGUCAAGGACAAUACACGCCGGGUAACGGCCCCUUGCCUCCGCGAAGAACGUCUCGAGGCGUGGCAGGCCCCCGUAUGGGAAGCACACCCACCGGCAACACACCACUCUCCACCACCCCCAUUUCCAUACAGACACCCCUAUCAAGUUCCCCGUACAACAUGGAGGAUCGUCCCUUGACUAGUGCGGAGGAGUGGCAGGAUCGCGGAGCCGCCGUCGGGCUCAAGAAGGAAAUCGGGGCAGAUGGCACAGUAGCCUACAAGCCGGUCAAGAAGGGCGUGAGGGACUUUAAUUUUGGCCAGACACUCGGAGAGGGUUCUUACAGCACAGUCCUCGCCGCGACGGAUCGAGCCAGUGGAAGACAGUACGCUAUCAAAGUACUGGACAAGCGGCAUAUCAUCAAAGAGAAGAAGGUCAAAUACGUUAAUAUCGAGAAAGACACCCUGAACCGCUUGACCGACCACCCUGGCGUAGUGAGACUCUACUACACAUUCCAAGACGAGCGAUCCCUAUACUUUGUCCUGGAUCUGUGUCCUGGUGGAGAGUUGCUUGGAGUCCUGAAGCGCAUGUCAACCUUUGACGAGGAGUGUACCCGAUUCUAUGGUGCGCAAAUACUGGACACCAUCGAGUACAUGCAUAGUAGGGGCGUCAUACAUCGCGACUUGAAGCCUGAAAACCUUUUGCUGGACGAAAACAUGCAUAUCAAGGUCACCGAUUUUGGGACGGCCAAACUGCUUCCUGAAAGACGGAACGCCGAGGGCAGAGUCGAUUUCGAACCAGAUUCCACCUCGACCGAGAACAGGGCCAACUCCUUUGUGGGAACGGCAGAGUACGUGAGCCCCGAGUUAUUGACCGACAAGAACGCAUGCAAAGCUAGUGACAUGUGGGCAUUCGGCUGUAUCAUUUAUCAACUACUGGCUGGACGCCCGCCUUUCAAGGCCGUCAAUGACUAUCAGACCUUCCAGAAGAUUGUCGCGCUGGACUACGACUUCCCCCGGGGCUUUCCUGAAGUCGCUCGCGAUCUGGUUGAGCGAUUACUCGUUCUCGACCCCCAAAGACGGUUAUCGCUGGAGCAUGCGAAGAAUCAUCAGUUCUUCAGCGGCAUUCGGUGGGGUCGUGACUUGUGGAAGCAGAAGGCCCCACGGUUAAAGCCAUUUAUUCCUCCAGCAGCACCGCCCAUUAAACUCAACGGGAGCAGUGCGCAAGACAGCUAUCCGCCGGACAUUGUGCCUGGCCACAGCACACAUCCGACCAUGCUUCCUCCCAACAAUCAAAAGCCGCAGCCGAGAGUUGUGACAGAACUCCCGCCGCCCAGCCAACUCGAUAUUGAAUGGUCUCCCGUCCUCACGAGAAACAAUGAGAGAAUCCUAAAAUUAGGCAAUCUGUCCGUGUUGUCGACACCGAAUCCCCACAGUCCGCACAGCAACGAAGGCGGAGGCAAGCUGUCCAGAUUGUUUGGCGGCAGCAACAACAAGAAACGGCAAAGACUCGUCAUGGUGACGUCGAGUGCAAGAAUUAUCAUUGCUGCGGCUGGUGGAGAGGAGAAGAAGUCCAAGUCGGAAAUUUCACUCCUCUCUCCAGGGACGGAAUACUCCAGCGCGACAGAUUCUAAGGGAGUGACUCAAUGGAUUGUCAAUACUAAGGAUCGACACUACGUUUUUGAGGACCCAAAGCCACAGUCAGGCGAACUGAUGUCGACAGCGGUUGCGGCGCAGGAGUGGCUCGAUGCAUUAGGACGAGCACGAGAAAUUGCGAUAUCCCUGCAGAUGCAGAAUGCCAACAACACGUACUCGAACGACGACGACGCGCUCAAUCUUUCGUCCUCGGCGUUGUCGAGCCAUGCCAGCACUAUUGACCAAGCGACGGAUCUAAGUCCUCAUAAUGUGAACCAAUCUCAUUCUGGGCGAGGAAUGCUGCACAAGCAACAUUCAGGUGGCGACGCAGAGUCGCUGAAAGGGAGAAAGCGGUUCAGCAAGCGGCAGUCUAAAAGUGGGCUGACUGCAGUCUUCUAGAAAGCGUUCGUCAACAAGGGAGAGUCGAUUGUGGGCGUUGCUGGUCUCCCUGUUCGUUUCUUGACCCUGAAUUAGCAUAGCAUGGCGACUUGUUGGACGCGAUCAGCAUGGCGAUGGGAUGGGUGAAAAGAGAGCGCCGACGAAAUGCCCGACGCAGCGUCCUCGGGGGUGCAACUGUAAAGAAGGACUUUGAAAGAUCUAGAAGAGGAUAUAUAGUCCGCAUGGCCUUGUGGACCCUGUCGAGCCUGUCAGGGUUAUUAACAAGGCGUCUGUGUGCCAGUAUGAUUGACUGGACUGGCAAAUAAUCCACGGGCCCUGCUUUCUGA